CGCCGAAGCUUAGGACGGAAUUUACCGCCGGCAGACGGGAGUAACGUUAGCAAAGGAAAAAAGUCCGAAGCUGUAAACGCUAACGUGCGUAUGUGAUAGAUAUCUUACUCCAAUUUGAUAUAUCAGCUGCGUCUAGGACAGGGAAUCGAUUUUAAACAAGCUUACAGAAGAUGGCUGUGAACGUCUAUUCGACCUCAGUGACCAGCGACAACUUGAGUCGCCACGAUAUGCUUGCAUGGAUAAAUGAAUCUUUACAGAUCAACCUCACCAAGAUAGAGCUGCUAUGCUCAGGUGCGGCCUACUGCCAGUUCAUGGACAUGCUGUUCCCUGGCAGUGUGCCUUUGAAGAAAGUCAAAUUUGGUGCCAAACUAGAACAUGAAUUCAUUCACAACUUUAAAUUAUUGCAAGCUGGCUUCAAGAGGAUGAACGUUGACAAAAUUAUCCCUGUGGACAAAUUAAUAAAAGGCAAGUUCCAGGACAACUUUGAGUUUGUGCAGUGGUUCAAGAAGUUUUUUGAUGCCAACUAUGACGGAAAAGAGUACGACCCCGUGGAGGCACGUCAGGGCCAGGAUACUGCACCGCUUCCUAACCCCUCCAUGUCUGCCCUGAACAAGCCUAAGAAGAUCCUCAGUGCUGCGCCCCAGCGAUCAGCAGCGGUGGCCAAGGCCCCCCCUAAAAUGGCACCUGGUUUGGCGCGGAGGCCAGGGACAGGCGGUGCUGAUGAAGAAAGAGCCGAGCUCAUCCAGGAGGUGAAUAUCCUGAAGUCCACAAUUCAGGACAUGGAAAAGGAGAGGGAUUUUUACUUCGGUAAACUGAGGAACAUUGAACUCAUCUGCCAAGAGAAGGAGGGGGAGGGCGACCCAACGCUGCAGAGGAUUGUGGAUAUACUUUAUGCCACAGAUGAGGGUUUCGUCAUACCGGAUGCUGAGUCAGAGGACCAAGAGGAAUUCUAAGACUGGAUGCAACUUUAAUAUCAUCUGUACCCAAUACAUGCCCCCCUCCAAUCCCCAUAUGCCAGAUUAUGUCAUGCAUUUGGUUUUGAACGAACUGUAUAUCACAUUGUUAAUCUGCAAAAAAAAAAGAGCAAUGAUCUCCAUUGGAGUCCUGCACCCUGCCCUCUGACCUGAGUAAAUCUAGAGCCCUGAUAGGCCCAGCUGCUGGGAGCCUUGCUCUGGGCUGGGGCUGGAGAGCCAUUUGUCUGUGAGAUACAGCUUCAGCUUUUUUCUUCUCUCCUGGGAAGUAGAGUGAGAUUUCUGGCACCUGCACACCCCUUUGUCUUUUUAAAGUUGUUCCUUUGUCGGUAUGCUGUUUCACCUGUUCACUUGUGUAGUUUUUUGAUAUUGCGGAAAGAAACUCACUUUGUAAAUGUAUUGGUCUUAGCUAGCAAUCCCUAGAUAUACCCAACUUGUUACAGGUUUUAAAAGACGAUGAUUAUUACUUUUUACGUUUGAAGCAAAACUCGUAUCAGGGUGUUCAGACAUUGUGCUACACAUGAUAAUACUCUGUUCCUUCAGUGAGCCGCCAUGCACGUCAGUUUUUGUAGGAUAGUAUCUUUUUGUUUUUCAUGAACUACUUUCCUACUGGGCUGCCAGUACAGUGGCUUCACCUAAAUUAUGAAGUGAGUCUUGCAAAUCGCUUGCCAUAUUAAUCAAAGAGCAGUGUUUUGUUUGUUUUUUUCAUUAGCCAUAUGUAACUAUUUAUCUGUGUCUGAUGUUGAGAGUACAAAAAUGUCAACACUGAAGAAAUGGCAAAACUAUGGUUUAAAUGCAUAGUUUUGUUUGUCUUCAGAUUUCCCAGAUGUACUCAGUUUCUGUGCCUGUAUUUGUGACUUAUCUUAAGUCAUAGGUUUGGAUCAAAGCAGACCUUCCACCCAUUUUACUCUUAAUUACAAACUAAGAGUUUUUGACGUUAGCCCAAUUCUAAUUUGUAGUUGCCUGACUGAUCAAAGAUUUGACUUGAUCUUGCCCUCUGUGUGCCUGUGAAGCAAGUUAGUUGGACAAACAUAAGUGACAUAACCGUGUGAAAAUGGUGGCAGACGUAAGUCUUUUUUUUUUUUUUUUUUUCAUGGGGACAUUUACUGAAGGAUUGUUGGUAAGAUCUUUUAAAAAUGCAUCAUUGGGAUGGGAAGUUCCGAAGAGGGUGCAUUUAUUGUUUUAGCAAAAUCCUACAGAUUUUCUCUUUCUAUUUAACAUGCAUUAACUCUGCAUUAUUGACACAUUCACAAAACCAAUUUGCAGUCUAUUCCCUACAAUAAAGCAGAAAAACAGCUUCCUGUGCAAAAGAUCUGAGCGUUUACACCUAACUGAAUUGCCUUAUUUUUAAUAAAUUUAGUUUACCGGGCGAGUUUCCAUGCAAUUCAUAGAUGUGACUGUUUUUUGGAUGUUCUCUCUUUUGGCGAUUGUUUGUAAUGCAGUUGAAGUAUUGUAACUGAGCUCUUAUUUUUGCUGCUCUGAAAUAAAGAUGUCUAGAGAAACUGGCACAAGAGAAUGGAUGUUUUGGGAGAGAGGCGCUCCGCCCCCAGACACAAUGCCUCAGUCUUCCAAUGUGGCAGUGUUCAAAGAGAAGUAAAUUUGUAUUGCACGCCAGUGUGUGCAGCACCUGCUGAGCUUUUGAGACGGAUAGCCUGCAGGAUAAUGCGGCUGUGUUAGCAAACAUGUCAAGCUGCAGAUGCAUUUUUUUUUUAAUCUUCCGAUGCUGAAAUGCAGGUUGACGUUAUGCAGGUACAGUAUGAACUGCAGUGUUAAAUUCCUUUGGAUAUUGAGUGUACAUUUGUACUCUUUAGGCACGCUGUUUUAAUGGUAGCAUAUUCACAAGGGGCUAAAAGCAGACUGGAGUCACAGUGGUUUUUUCCCCCUCCUCUAAACAAGUAACAUUGUGGAACAUUCAGCUGGAGGAUCACCAUAUUUGACUGGAUGAGUUAAAUUCAGUUGUCUCUUGUAACUUCCUGCAUGAGCUAAUUUAAAAUUUAUGUUGUAAUGGCAUUUUUUUUUACAUCUCUGCCAAAAUUACAAAUGCAGUUCAGACCAACAAACGUGGCUAGUUUCUUGGUCUGAACUGCAUGAUUAGAAUGCUGUUUGUGUGGGGGUCACCUGCGUUGCACAAAGGGAUGUGAUUGUUAAACCUCAAAUAAAAGCACUGGCUUGUGUAGUCACACUUUCCAUUCACAUUUACGCUUGCUGUGUAAUGGCAGAACGUUGUGUUGCAGUAGUUUUCUAUGGUAACUGUCCAAGAUUUUCUUCAUAAGCUUAGUUUGCUAAGCUGAACAUCCGAUGAAAAAAGCUCGUUGAUACUGUACAAACUCACAUUGUAUAGAAUGUUGAAACCUUUCCCAAUGGCACUGAAUGGCCUGUCUCUUCAUCAUUUUCUCAGUUUUCUAAGCCUGGUGUGGAGUAAAUCUCAGUCCUGGGAGACAGGAAGGGUGGCAAAGGGUGAUCCACAGAACAUUGUCUAAGGAACUCCAUUUUGUAUGUACAGAUGAAUAUCCUGCAGUUUUCUUUCUCAGUCAGUUAUUUCUCAGUGUUGUGCCAAUAUGGUCAUUGCCUCAUUUCUACUUUGUGUAUGUGGG